AUGGCUCACCCCGCUCGACUCUCACUUCGGGCGCCGCCUCAUCUUCCCUUUAUUCAAGGUUAUCCAGGUAUCCUUGCUUCCUCGUCUUCUCGUAAACAGCCGACGGUGGAUGGUCAGCUAGAACUUCGGGUCGCUCAGAAUACGAUCAAGGCAAAGUGGGUCAGAGUCGAGCUACGCAAGUACGAAUCACUCCCUCCAGGAUUUCCUACGUCGUCUCAGGGAGAGACAUGGGAUCAUGUCGGAGAGAUUUGCAAUCUUUGGACCGCGAAGGACAAGGAAUGGGAUGUGUUGGAGCAAGGGGACUUCAAGUUCUCAUUGCCUCUUCCUGAUGAUCUUCCGUCGUCAGUCGAGAUGCCUCAGGGCAAAGGCAUCCGCUACGAGCUUGUCGCCGCUUUGUGCUAUCGACAGAAAGGCGGAGUCUUCAAGAAGGAGGGCGCCCCGAUCAUCAAGGUCACAGAGCAUCUUCGGAUCAUCAGACAUGAUCUUCAUUCUGCUUGGCCGGUCUAUAACAUCCCUGAUACGACCGUUGGAUCCAACAACGAUCUGACAUUGACGGUCCAGCGGCCGUGGAUAGGUAUUGGACCCAAUGAUCGGAUGCUUCUCACCGCGACGCUCAAGUCUAAUAGACCCUCACCAUUUCAAUUGAAAGGCUUUGAAUGCCAGCUGGUGGAGCUUGUCACUGCUCUGCCUCAACAGGAUCAAGCUGGCACGAAAAAGAAGAGUAGACAAUCCGUUCAACCUGUCACUCGUAGUCGAGUCGUGACAUCUGCAAGGAUAGCAGUGUCGGAGAGUCUCGGCAGGGGAGGCGAGAAGUCCGCUCGGGUUGACAUGAACGCUCCCUCUGGAGAUAAAAUGUUCUUGACCGUCAGUCGAGCUCGCCUCCUCAGGAUAGAAUACAAGCUCGAAGUCAAGGCUGUAUUACAUGGUGCACCAGAGCUCAAGAUGGGAGGAAUGAUUUACACUGUGGGGCCCUUCUCCCGAGCCAACGCGCAGCAAGCAGUCAACGAUAUCGGUUACGUCGAGACCUUAUGUCCCGGUGUUGUCCGACCAGAUCCGUCCCCCAAGCCGUCAAUGAAUUCUAGUGCCAUGCCUCGACCGACGUCCGCCGGUCAGCUGUCAAAUACCAAUUUUGGUCCCAAUGCGCAAGGACGACAGACGGAUGCGAAUAAUCGUCCCGCAACAUUUGCAGGUCGCCCUCAAUCCAUUCAGGGUUUCACCCCGAAUGAAGCCUUCCGGCGGCAACUUUCGAGCGGAUCUACCGCGACGACCAACACGACCAUGACUACCAUGACAAAUAUGACUGGAAGACCAUAUUCCGUUGCCAUGCCGGCUCCAUCGGCUUAUACGCCCCUCAAAACCGAUACAGGCUCAGCUGCACCACCUCUGCAGCCAUCAGCGUCGCCGAUGCUUAGCUCUGACAGUCAUGAGCGGAUGAGCUCAGAGAUCAGCCACGACAGUAGGAUGAAGCGAUAUUCAACCGCCACGUCAGCGACUUUUGGUCGAUGGGAUAGAGAUCUUCAGAAUGCUAUCAGCGGAGCCCCGGUUCGAACUGGAUCUUCACCAACCGGAUCACCAGCUAUACCAGGCACAAGCUCGCCGCCAGGUCCGCAACGGAAGUCAACCUCAGCGACGGCAUGGCCUAAUGCGGAGCAGGAGAAGCUCAAACUCUAUGACGAUGCUAGAUCCCGAGCAGUCGUUAGUCAAUCGGCUACUGGCGCCUCUCUCGAUACCAUCGGUAUGGAAGGCCCUCCACCUGAGUAUGAACCCCCACCACCCGGGGAUCCGCUGUUUCCCCUCGCCACCAAGAUCCCAGCAGUUACCAUCACGCAACCUUCUCUUACGACGGAUUCGUCGGCAGCUGGUCCUUCUCGAUUACCCAGCUCAUCAUAUGCUUCCGCCGCCGAGGAGAAGGAGACCCAACGCAGACGAUUUCAAGAGGCUCAGAAUAGAGUCGUCUCAGGGUCCAGCAGCGGGACACCGAGAGCCUCAGGUUCCUCCACGGAUCCCUCCAUCCCCAUAGACGCUGGCUCAGCCUCUCUUACCUCUCGCUCAUCCCCUGGACCCUCCAUUGCGGUUGAUGCAGGUCCUGCCCCUAGACAACCUCGCUCCUCGGCAGGUCCCUCUUACGCGAUUGACGCCGGUCCCGUCCCUGGACCGGCUACUCCUCGUACUGUCGCAAUUCCGACCGGACUUGUGGGCUCCACUGAGAAGGAACAAAUGAAGCGAUUCUAUGAAGCGCAGGAUAGAGUGGCUCGCUCCGGCGCCCCUGAGAGCUCGAGCGCUGCUAGGCAGUCACGACCAUCCGAUCCGUCGCCGUCGGGUUCGGGUAGUGCAGCGGGUAUCACCGAUAAAGAGCAGAUGAAGCGAUUCUAUGAGGCUCAAGAUAGAGUCGCUCGAGCCAGUAUCUCUCCUGACCGUUCGAAAGCCACGGAGCAAUCUCCGACACCUGGUGCCUCGAGCUCGACAGCCACGCCAGCUCUGAGUGAGAAGGAACAGAUGAAACGAUUUUACGAAGCUCAAGAUAGAGUCUCCAGGCGUUCCCUCAAUCCUGGAGAGUCCUCUUCUUCCUCCUCCUCUGCAAAACCGCUUGGUUCCGGCACGCCAAAUCACAAAUCUUCGCCUCAGACAGCUCUGAGCGAAAAAGAACAGAUGAGACGGUACUAUGAAGCUCAAGACCGAGUGGCUCGGGCUGCUACUGGCUCACCACCGAGUACAGAUACUCAGACACCGAACGCUGGACCGUCGACAGCGGCAAUCUUCCCUGACACUCCAGAUACACCUACGCCAGCCGUUGCCGGUCCCUCGAGGCGGAUCAUGUCGGGAUCGGGAUCGGGUUCGGGAUCGGGAUCGACUUCUUCGCCUCUCACAAAUAGAUCAGAAUACAUGUCAGCGUCAGAGGAGAAAGAAAUGAUGAAGCAGCGAUUUGAACGAGCUCAAGAAGCCGUUCAGAAAAAAAUGAAUGGGUCAUCAUCAUCAUCCUCUCCGCCACCACCAUCAUCGUUUACUGCCUCAAGUUCUCGACCCGAGCCCGUCAGAGAACCCAGCUAUUCCAGUACUUCUCCGCUGGCCAAAGAGGUCCUGGCUCGUGCAUCAUCCCGAACGAGUGAUCCGAAGGAUUUAGGUCCAGCCGAUGGACCACCUCCGCCUUUACCUGCUAAACCGCCGAUGGAAUACAUCAACCUGUACAGUCCGGUUGACUCGAAUCCGACGUCCCCUUGGCGUCCAUUUGGCGAAAAGGGGCAGAAGCCUGAUGGGCAUGCGAGGAACAUAUCUGUAGAUAAUUAG